AUGUAUGUGAAAUGGUUUGAUACAGUAAUGUUUUACUAUGUGAUUUUAGUGUAUUUAGUGAAUGUCACUUUAUGUCAUUUUCAAAUUUCCCGUCAGUUCCGUCCCCAUACGUCCCGACGCUCACAGGGAACGGAACCCAGAUGACAGAUGCCGGCAUCCGCCGGAGUACAUUGCAAGAGGGACAUCGCAGGAGCACAGGACAAGGUAAGUGAAGAACAGAUGCUGGAGCAGCGCCGCAUGGUGAGCCCGAGUGUAGCUCGGGGUUACCGCUUUUGCUACACUCGGGAAUACCGUCAGGGAGGU